CUCUCUACUACCACCCCCUCAUUCAAUUGACCGAUCCCAACCAACAACAACCACCAUGUGCCCCCCCGCGAUCAUUGCCCCCUCCAUUCUGAGCGCCGACUUCGGCACUCUGGGCAGCGAAUGCUCAACCAAGAUCGCCCAGGGCGCCGACUGGUUGCACGUCGACAUCAUGGACGGCCACUUCGUCCCCAACAUCACCUUCGGAGCCCCUGUUGUUUCUGCAAUCCGAUCCCAUGUCGCCCGUCCCACGGAAGCUCACGGCAAGGGAACAUUUGACUGCCACAUGAUGAUCGCGGAGCCCCACAAAUGGGUCAAAGAGUUCCAAAAGGCCGGCUGCGACCUCUACUGCUUCCACUACGAAGCCGCCGUCUCCUCGGUCGCGGCCACCGAACCCGCCGACAAGACCACCACCCGCCACACCUCCCCCAAGGAGCUGAUCCGCUACAUCCACGAGCAAGGCAUGCAGGCCGGCAUCGCCAUCAAGCCCGAUACCCCCGUGGAUGUGCUCUGGGAGAUUCUGGAGACGGAGGAUGCGAAGGAGAAGCCGGAUAUGGUCCUCGUAAUGACCGUCCACCCGGGCUUCGGCGGCCAGAAGUUCAUGGCCUCGGAGCUGCCCAAGGUCAAGGCCCUGCGGGAGCGCUACCCGGACCUCAACAUCGAGGUCGACGGCGGGUUGGGCGUGGGCACGAUCGACCAGGCGGCCGAGGCGGGCGCCAAUGUCAUCGUCGCGGGGUCGGCGGUCUUCGGCGCCCAGGAUCCCGCCGACGUCAUCGAGAAGCUGCGCCAGGCGGUUAACAAGUAUAGGAAAGAAGACGAGUAAAUAAUACCUUCAAUCCCCCCCCCCUCCCUCGGUGUUGAAAUAGAAGUCGUUUGGCAUUAUCUUUCUCUCUUGUGUGUGGAUAUACCAUUAGCAUAAUGUUUCUUCUCUUGUUUGAAUUGGGUUUCGAGUUUCUAAUUGUUUAUUUUCUUUUUCUGGGUUCUUACUUAGUUCUGUUGCUGGAACCCGUCGCAGUAUGCUUUGACCCGGAGAUGUGUGGAAGUAAAGAGAUAUGAAAGUAUAAUAGGCGAAGAUCCUACUAGAGCUACGGUGUGGGCCUGGAGGCAUGCAAUUGAUGACCAUCUGCAAUUUCUGUCGAUGAUAACGACGAGACAAUGUCAAACAUACAAUCUCUGAAUAAGAAAGGGGAAACAAUAAGAAGAGAAUAG